UAGAGUUGCCAUUUUCAAUAAAUUAACUUUACAGAAGAUUCUACUGGUUUUUUAAGUAUAAAUUUGAACUUUUUAUCACAAAUAUUCUCAGUCAAGUAGCAGAAUAAUUAUCUUGUACUAGUAUAUAUAUGGCAUUCAUUGCUUUUGCAGAUUAAUUAAAAAGUUUUUAGUAGAAAACUAAUCUUGUUAUGUGUUCAAUGUUGAAAGUUUCUCCUGAGAUUAAUCUCUUGUCACCUUUGAGUUGUGCAGAGACAGCAAGAGGCCACUCAUAUACUAUAUGGAUGAAAUCUCUGUUAUUUAAUGGAUGUGGCUGCACUGUAUUUGAUUCAAAUGGUGAAAUUGUUUAUCGUAUUGACAACUAUAGUAUGAAAUGUAGAAGCCAAGUGCACCUCAUGAACCUCCAAGGAAAAGUUCUGGUCUCGUUGCGUCGUAAGAAAUUGCAGAUUUUCGAACAGUGGGAAGGUUUUAGAUGGACUGGUAGCGGAGACAGGACGAGGGAAAAAGAAAAGCCAUGGUUUCAAGUAAGAAGAGACUGCAGGAUUCUGAGAAGAAGUGUGAGUAGUUGUCAUGUUACUUUUGGAUGUGAUUAUAAAGCUAAGAAAAAAUACUACAGGAUAAUAGGGUUCCCAGAAAGAUCAGAGUUCAAGAUAGUACUAGGGGAGAACCAACUUGUUGCUGAGGUGAAAAGAAAGCAAUCUUGUGGUGGAGUUGUGCUAGGAAAAGAUGUAUUGAGUUUGAAAGUGGAAGCCUUGGCUCAGAUUGAUCAUUUGCUUAUCAUGGCUCUUGUGAUUGUCUAUGGAUUAAUGAAUGACAAACUCUAAUGUUUUGGCAAGCACAGAAUGUGAACUCUGAUGGCUCCAGUAAAUUGCAUGUCGAGAAAUAUAUUCAUGAUCGUGAUGAUCGAGAAAGAAUUGCUGCAUCUGAUGUGAUCACAUGAGUUCAAAAUCAGACAGAGAAGACUGUGUUAUUCCAUGCUACAUGUAUUCUGUUUGAAAUUAUAUACUGCGUAUACACAUUACGAUUCUUUGUUGUAGAUUAGGCUUUUCCCUGAGAACAUAUAUAAAACUCUUAUCUUUAUAACUGCAA